AUGGUGGUGGCCCAGUUUUGCCAUUACUCGUCGUCCUGGGUGCCAUUAGAUGCUAAGUUCCUGGACAGCCAGGACCCUCUAUGCCCUUCUCACUUUUUGCCCAUCCUCAUAGGAACAGGGAACUUUGGGGGCUCCAACUUACAAGGCUUGUUAAUGUUCUCAGCCCUGAACCCCUUGGACUUUGGUCCUCGGGAUUUUCUCCGCAAGGAACUUCACCACCCUGGGCCACAGAACUGCAUGCCUAACCCUCUACUGCUGCUCUUGCUAUGGGCGUGUGGCAGCCCCUGCAAGGGUCAAGAACACCAGAUCACUCCAUCAGAACUUGGGUCCUCAGCUGAGACCAAGCUGAAAACUUCUGUGCAUAGAAUUCAUUUUGGAGAAAACCCUUGUGAAUGCAAUGUCUGUGGGAAAGGUUUCCAUCAUAGGUCAAAACUUAACAUACAUUGGAGGGCACAUACUAGAAAAAAUCCUUAUCAAUGCAAUGACUGUGGGAAAAUGUUUAUUAAUGACUCAAAACUAAUUUUACAUCAGAGGAUUCAUACUGGUGAGAAGCCUUUUAAAUGUAAUGAUUGUGGGAAAUUCUUCAGUCAUAGGUCAAAACUUAUUAUACACCAGAGAAUUCAUACUGGUGAGAAACCUUUUAAAUGUCAUGAUUGUGGCAAGGCCUUUAAUCAGAAUUCCAACCUCCUUCAACACCAGAGAAUUCAUACUGGUGAGAAGCCAUUUAAAUGUGAUGAUUGUGGGAAGGCCUUUAAUAGGAAUUCCAAACUCCUUCAACAUCAGAGGAUUCAUACUGGUGAGAAGCCUUUUAAAUGUAAUGAUUGUGGGAAGACCUUUAAUCAGAAUUCCCACCUCUCUGUUCACCAAAGAUUUCAUACUAGUGAGAGGCCAUUUCAAUGUAAUGAUUGUGGGAAAGCCUUUAAUCGGAGUUCCCACCUCCUUCAACACCAGAGAAUUCAUACUGGUGAGAAGCCAUUUCAAUGUCAUGAUUGUGGGAAGGCCUUUAAUCAGAAUUCCAACCUCUCUGUUCACCAAAGAAUUCAUACUGGUGAGAAGCCAUUUCAAUGUCAUGAUUGUGGGAAGGCCUUUAAUCGGAGUUCCAACCUCCUUAAAUACCAGAGAAUUCAUACUGGUGAGAAGCCAUUUAAAUGUAAUGAUUGUGGGAAGGCCUUUAAUCAGAAUUCCCACCUCCUUCAGCACCAGAGAAUUCAUACUGGUGAGAAGCCAUUUCAAUGUCAUGAUUGUGGGAAGGCCUUUAAUCGGAAUUCCCACCUCCUUCAGCACCAGAGAAUUCAUACUGGUGAGAAGCCAUUUCAAUGUCAUGAUUGUGGGAAGGCCUUUAAUCAGAGUUCCCACCUCCUUCAACAUCAGAGAAUUCAUACUGGUGAGAAGCCAUUUAAAUGUAAUGAUUGUGGGAAGGCCUUUAAUCAGAAUUCCCACCUCUUUCAGCACCAGAGAAUUCAUACUGGUGAGAAGCCAUUUCAAUGUAAUGAUUGUGGGAAGGCUUUUAAUCGGAAUUCCCACCUCCUUCAGCACCAGAGAAUUCAUACUGGUGAGAAGCCAUUUCAAUGUCAUGAUUGUGGGAAGGCCUUUAAUCAGAGUUCCCACCUCCUUCAACAUCAGAGAUUUCAUACUGGUGAGAAGCCAUUUAAAUGUAGUGAUUGUGGGAUGGCCUUUAAUCAGAGUUCGACUCUCCUUACACACCAGAGAAUUCAUACUGGUGAGAAGCCAUUUAAAUGUAAUGAUUGUGGGAAGGUCUUUAAUCAGAGUUCAAAUUUAAUUGUCCAUCAGGAAUUCAUACUGGAAAGCUUAUUAAAAAAUCAUGAAUGUGGUAAAGAUUUCAAUAACAGAACAAACUUCCUGGUACAUCAGAGAAUUCACACUGGUGAGGAACGUUAUAAAUGUGAAGGCUGUGAGAAAGUCCUCAGUUUUUAG